AUGGAUGAAUGUAUGAAAACCAUUGAAAAGACAAGCAGGACAGCUAAGUUGUGGCUGCAGCUUUUUCACACUAUAGAUUUAGCUCUUAAUUUUGUGUAUGCUGAGAGGACAGGAGAUUGGAUUAUGCAUUUAAAAUGCACAACAGAUAUGCUUCCAUAUUUCCAUGCAUCAGGCCACUUGCCUUAUGCAAAGUCUGCACAUAUUUAUGCCCAAGAAAUGACCAAAAUAACUGAAAAACUCUCUGAAAAAGAAUUAGAUCUUUUCAUCAACAAGGGAUAUUUUACUGUGAAAAGAACAACAAGAUACUGGUCAGGAACAUGGACAGACAUGUGCAUAGAGCAAUGUCUGAUGAGGCCAAUGAAAUCUGUAGGAGGACUCACUCAUGGAAGGGGAAUGAAUGAAAGUACUGUGAAUAAAUGGAUUCUUGGGACACCAUACUUCAUAAAGAUUAAUGAAGCAUUAGAGGAGUUCUUAGACAUUUCUAUUACCUACAGUGAACAACAUGUUGAGCUGAGAAAGUCAAGAAAACUCAGAGACCAAGCUGAUAUUGAUAAGUUCACCACAUGGUUCAGACAACACAAUCCAUUAAAUAAGGAAUCUGGAGAGCUAGUUUCAUUAUCAUCUGGUUUCAUCAGUGAUGAGUCAGUCAACUGUGACCAAGCCUAUGACAUAGGUUGUGCUGCUAUGAAGACAAUGAUAGCUCUCAAAAAUUGAAAUUGUAUCUUGAAUAUGAACUGUCUUCACAUCCACCAUCUCUCUUCGACAAUGUUUCACUAAGAAAAGGAACUAAAUCAUCUAUCCUGAAAGUGUUUCAAGAUGCUGUAAUAGAGGAAGAAGAAAUUGAUCAAACAAAUUUAUGUGUGAUUAUUGAUGGAGGAUUUCUCCUUCAUUAUGUUCCCUGGCCACAAGACUCCACUUAUGGAAAUAUCAUACACAUUUAUCGAAAAU